GAACUCUGAAUGUGGACGUAAGUCUUCGGCGUGCAGCAGGAAAAGUGAAGCUGCGAUGUAUGUUAAUGUGAAAGCGGAUGAAAAAAAGGUAGUGGGAAAUAGCGUCAGCAGAAAGGUGGAAUCUAAAUAUUCUGGAAAGUCUGCCGUGUCUCAGAAUAUUACUAGGGUAAAGAACACUGACGAAAUAUCAUCAAUUAACACUAUAGAUUCAAAAAUGAAGUGUACGUGGAACAGUGGCGAAAGAGUGUGUCAGACAUCUGAAAAGUUGAAGGUUCAUGAGAGAAGCAGCUCUAUGGAAAAGACAUGCACAAUAAAGAACAGUCCGUGUAGUCCGUUGAAGAGCUUAGGUUGGUCUCGCGAUAUGUGUCGAGGUAGUGGGGAUCGUCGGCAAUCUGGAGAAUGCAAAGAGAAUAUCGAAUCUUGUGAUAGGCUUGGGGCGAAGAUGAGUUCUCAAAAAUUUGUGUUAAAUUCUCCAGGAAUUUUCCAUAAAAAUUUAGUGAAAAUUCAGGUAGAGAAUUGCCUUCAAGUUACAGAGAAGACUAAUCCUUCAUCAUCUGGAGGUACCUCUAGAAAGGACAGUAAUUGCGAAGAAUUUCAACCCAAGGCCAAUGCUCUAGUAUCCAUGGCGAACUACAAUUCAAUCGAAACGGCAGCCGAAGUCGAACGUGACAAGAGCAGUAAGAAAUAUUCUGGCAAAACAACGACCAUCGUCCAGACAACUUCCAAAGGUAAAAAAUCCACAGAAAAUACAACAUCCACUAAGUUUCUUGACUCUGCCAAAAAGUAUUUGUGGAGCAGUGCCAAGAGCUCCAAGAGUCAAUCAUCAUCAAACAAAGAUAUUGAUAGAUCCAGGCUCCAGGAACAUAGCACUGCUAUGGAGAAAGUAUUGAAAGUUAAGAAAUCAGGAUGUAGUCCGCUGAAGAAGUUGAGUCGAUCGUCUCUUAGCAUUGAACCUGAUAAAAUUACUAUUAAUCUGUCCAAGUAUUCCCCCUGUGCAAGCAGGCUAGCAGCAAGUUCCAAGAUCCUGUCGAGCAGCUCCACCACAAGUCCAGAAAGUCCUCUUCGAGUGGUGAAAUCAAGGAGUCCCUCUCGUGUAGAGAACCAAGUAUUAGAACUCGACGAUAGAUCCGUGGAGAUGACUCUCAGAGCGAGUCUGUCUCUGAAUAUUCAGCACUGCCCAAAGUCGACAGCAGCGCCACGUAGCAAGAGCGUCGGUGACAGCUGUAUUACUUCACCAACUAGUGAAGAAACGACAAUGAGUUAUUCGCCAACAGGCACUGAAAUCUUAUCCCUGGAGGAGGUUGUUGCUCAGCCGCGACGUCCACCAAAGCGUAGCGAUUCCGCACGUGGUCGAACUCCAAAAAGGAGCCGUAGUAUCCCGACCAGGAUGGAGAAACCGCCGCGAAGAUCUAGUGAUAAUUCUCAAGGCGAAUUGUCCCACGAAAAUCUCACGGAUUAUUUUUUAAAUGGUUUACGAAGCACUACCGAGGAUUUCUCCAGUGAUGUAGUGCCAGUGAGACUAUACAUACCACAUUUUUAAGAUUUAUUAGAAUAUUUUUACGAGUUAAGGGAAAUAACGUAUAUCUUGAAAGGGUUUAAAAAGUGAUGGGAAAGUGCGCGUCUAACCAGAAAAAGAAAGUCGAAGAAAAUGCGUGUAUGCGUGCGUCUUUAUAAAAAUUAAUGCAAAAGAACUAUCGCUAAGAUGGAAUAUUUAUGAUUCAGAAAGAAGUAACAAAAGAAAAAUGAAAAAAUAGAAAUUAGAAAAUUUUGCAAACAAAAAAAAAUAUACGUAGAACCGAUCGCCUUGUUGUUGCGCAUUUUUGCGAAAGUGCCAAAGAGUCGAACAAAAAAGUGUUUAAAUGGAAUGUCCAGUAACCGACAUUCUGUACAUGUCGAUAAAUAGCGCUCGGUUCUACCCUAAAGAAGCAUUCACAAACGUUUUUCCAUGUUUUUCGUAAAAUGCGAAUUAAGUAAUUGUUGUUUUCAAUGAGAGAAAAUUUUAUACCUUCUUUAUCUACAGGAAGAUAAUUCUGUUUUCAAUAUAAACGCUCUUCUAUUAUUCGGAAUCCAUUUUAUACUAGCUACGAGUUUUAAACGCUCGUUCGGCAAUGCUGUCUAUUAAAAGAGAUUAUUCUUUUCUGUAUUUUAGAGAUUAAAGUACAUUGUGAAAUUUUGUUCGAGAAAGCCCCCCGCCCCCCCGCCGAUGACUUUCAAGCAUCGAUAACGUUCCGUUUCGACAUGCGCUUAUAUUUCUUCAUCUGUUGUUUUUUUUUUAAUUAUAACAUAAAAAACAAAGAAUCUCUAAUUUACGUUUAACCGCGGCACUAGGAUGAGUUUUUACGUCCACGAUACGUUAUUGCAUCUGAAAUUCUAUUCUUUAAAACCAUUACCGCAAAAGAUUAUCAGUUUCUUUUUUAUUUUUCUUUGUGAUUUUUUUCCACUAUUUGGGUAAAAGGCCAAAAGUAAAACCAUAUGGCAAUGUAAGCAGUUAGGCAUUAAGAGGAAAGGUUUGGUAAUAGAAGUAAGAAGAUAUAAUGAUAAGAAAACCGCCAAUUACUGUGACGGUGAGAUUGUAAAGAUUCUUCCUAAUAGCGCAGGAUGUGUUAUCAAGUAUCUCCAUAGAGUAUAGGUCAUGUAAGGACUCGAUAUCGUAGAACGAUGUUUUCCAAUAUCGAAGCCGAUGAGAGUCUUCUUAGGAUAAAUUUGUAUUACAAUAGAAUUUCAGUGCUGUUUAUAUUUGUUCCGUAUCUACCAGAAAGAGAUCUAUGUAAGUCUAUUGUACAAUGAGAAGAGUGGAAACAGAAAACAGAGAAAUUUUCUAUGAGUACCAAGCAAUUAGAAGCAAUUUAUAUUGUAUCCUUAUAACAUUUAAGAUGUACUGGUCAAUUGGAAAAAGAAUUUUUUUAUUUGCUCAUUUUCUUCAUUGUACAAUGGAUUCCACUUUGUAAUCCUUAGAUGCCUAUUGAUUGGCAUCGGGUGAAACGAAUGUUUGUUAUUUCAGGGUUGAAUUCUGCGAUGACAGUUCAAUUCAAUGAAAAAUGUUCAUUCUGCAGCAGGUUUUGGAAGACUUGAGAAGAUUUUUAUCAUUGAAUGUCGACGUCCUUAUCAACAUAUAUCGCAAUGACUGAAGGUGAUUACAAAAACAAGUGAAUCUUUUAAGGUAGAUAAGAUUAAUAUACACGUCUGUCCCUCCCUAGUAGUUGGACUAUAGGUAUUAAGAAAUCUUGUUAAUUUGAUAAAAUCAGAGAUAAAGAAAAAUUGGAAAAUAAUUUUAACAUUGAACGAAGCAAAAGAUAACUCAGUGGUUGGAGUCACAUGGCGAAAUUCGACUCGUUGUGUCUUAUUGAUGGCAAAUUAAAAAAAAAAGGAAAAGGAGGGGUUAGGAGUACUUCUAAAUAAUAUAAGCAUAUACAUAACGAGAGAGGAGUAAGAGAUUGAAUAAGGAGAUAUAAAGUAUAAAUAAGAGGGAGGAGGAGGGAGGGGGGAUAAGAUAAAAAUUUAAAAAGGUGUGAAGGAUGAUAAGCUGGACAGAUGAAAAUAGCUAGGGACAAUAUUACUGCCAAAAAAAUAAACUCUUGAUUAUGAGAAAUAAAAACGAGGAUUAGUCAACUGAUAUGAAAUUGUGUUUGAACGUUGGUGGUUUUGAAAUUAGAGUGAAGGGACGGGGAAGGACGGUUAAUUAGAUAAUGGGGAAACAUACAAAAUGGGUAAUGACCUCGAACAUACGUUUCUUGUUAGUAUUUUUAUAUCGCAAGAGUGUACAUAAUUCAUGACCGCGCACUGAUGAAAACUUUCUUCAUGCAGUUCAGCAGGUAAUCUAAGUGAAAUCAAGCAGCAAACAAAUAAAUAAUAUAAAGAGUAAAUAGGCCGCAGGCUCUCAGCCAAUGGAAGAGACCGACCCGACAAUCGAGUUUUCAAUCCGAGAGAAAGCAAUAUCGUUACGAUUGGUCAUGUUUGGCACGAAAUCGUAAAAUCAGAAUGGGCAGAUGAAAUUUGUGAAAAUAUUGAAAAAUCUUUGUUUCGGUAAAUAUAUGAAAUCCAAUCGUUCCAUCGGCUGCUCGAUUUGCGCUGCGAUCUAAGACGACACGGCCGCAUAAGAGGAAAUAAAAAUAUCAUUUGGUAUUCAAUUUUUUGAACGAUCGAUUUUGUUGAUCUAAAGAAAUGGACUUGAAUUAGCAUGCGAAUUUUUUUAUUGUAUUGUUAUUUUUUGAUUCGAAUGCGACCAAUCUAUGUGCAAUAAUUAUUCAUCGUUCCAUUUAUCGAAUUUCUAAAUGACUUCAACCGAUUUCACAGUAAAAUCUGUACGGCCCAUGGUUUUCCAAAGGAGUAACAUGAAGUAGGACGUUUUAGUUUCAAUUUUGAAUGUCGUGUUGAAUCUAGUGGAUAAUAAAUUUAGGUUAGACGCGAGACGAUACUCGCACGUAUAUUCCUGUAGCGAUUUUCCGUAAAGUUAAUUUAAAAAAUGGGGAAAAAAUGAAAAAAGCGAAGUAAUAUUUAGAAAGUUGAUAUAUUUAGCGAGAGAACGAACGUGAAAAUUGUGCGUAUUGAGAUUCUGGGAAAAUGAGAGCUGCGUGACAGAAUGGACGUCUUAGAGAAUUUUCGAAACGGUGCGUAUGGGCUUAAUCGCUCGACGAUAGCGCCAUCUAGUGUUUUAUACUUCCAUCGCACUUCCGGCGCGUGAUCUUAACUUUAUUAAUCGUGUCGUGCGUUUAUUAUUACCUAUAAUUAUCAUGUAAAUUACAUGUCUAAGCACAUUACAAAAUGGCUAUUAUAUA